GGUAUACUCAGGAAGUUAGGGCGGAAAAGUGAGGGACAAAAUUGUUCAGUCAAGUCUAGGCUGUCGAUUAAGCGACUCGGUUGACUGAAUUUAGCACGUUGAGUCAAUCGCAGAUCAACGUUUGCAUUACCUCGACCAUUCCUCCUAGGACCAACUUUCAAAGAUCUCACCAUUCUCUUCAUCUUUAAUAUUCGUCGUUGCCAUGGAACCUGAUAACUUUAUCGGCUGCUUAUGAGAGAUAGAGAAAGUAUAUUGAUCAUUUUGGAUUUAAGCCCGAAUCGUGUGGUGACUCCAUUUUUACACCGCUGAACUCUGUGUGGGCUUUCAAACACAAUAUCACUUUUGGAAGGUACAAUAUUCCUCCAGUCACUUGCAACUGUUCGCCAGGACAUCUCUUUUCAUUUCCUUUGGACAGGUGCUAAGAUAUUCCCGGUCGGAACUUUAUGGUCAAGUACCCGUCAUCGUUUUGCUCGUCAGGGAACGAUUACGAGAAAAUGACGUCCGUAAUCGUGGUCGUAUCGUUAGCCAUCGUCGCUUUCGUUCACUCAUGUCAAGGAGAAGCAAUUAACCCAGCGGGGACGGUCCGUCUCGUCGACAUCAACAGCCCGUUCAUGGGCAGGGUCGAGAUCCUGAGCGAAGGACGGUGGGGGACCGUGUGCGACGAUGACUGGGAUGAUGUCGAUGCUAGCGUGGUCUGUCGGGAGUUCGGCUUCGCGGCGGGGCAAGCAGUAUCGGGAGGCAGCAUGACUAUACCCGAUGGUAACCUGUUGAGUCCCAUAUAUUUGGAUAAUGUGGCCUGUAACGGGACCGAGAGGACGAUCCUGGACUGUGAUCAUAAUGGAUUAGGGAUCCAAAACUGUGGCCACAUUGAAGAUGCAGGAGUUAUAUGCGAGGCGCCAAUCCGACUCAGCAAUAAGUACGAAGGAGAGGUUCAGAUUGCAAUCAACAAGACCUGGACCCCUCUUUGCAGCGAUAACUGGGCCAUAAGGGACGCGGAGGUAGUGUGUCAGACGCUGGGCUAUGGCAAUAGUUUGGGGGCCACCAGCGUUGUCGUAGAGGAGGAAGGCUUCACCUUCUCGUACGGCAAUGUCAACUGCACCGGAGGGGAGUCCAAGCUGUUCAGAUGCCAGAUUAAUUCAACCAUAGCUGAUGGCGUUGGUGCAUAUGCAUGUGAUAGCGGCAGGGCUAGUACCUCCUGCUCCCUGCCAGUGGUUCUCAGGAACGGGACGACCCCCUUGGAAGGCAGGGUGGAGGUAGUGAUCGGUGGUAAAUCCCGGCCGAUCUGCGAUGAUGACUGGACGGAGGAGGACGCCACAGUCAUCUGCAGGACCCUUGGGUUUGGGGAGGUCGUUGAGGUCAUGACCAAUAAUCUGGACAGGUUUGGUCCUCUGUCUGGGGAUGAGGACUUCAUGGCGCACCCACAGUGUAUUGGAGAGGAGAGGACACUUAGCGACUGCAGCUUUGGGAUCAUGAACCAAGUGAACUGUGAUGGCAACCUUGGUGUAGUUGGUGUUUCCUGCGGUCCUCCAGACAUCAGCAAAGCUGCUCGACUAGUCAACGGUAACCACAUCUUUGAAGGACGUGUUGAAAUCCAGUAUAACGGACAAUGGGGAACAGUUUGCGACGACAGUUGGGAUUUGGAGGAAGCUCAGGUAAUAUGUAGCCAGCUUGGACUUGGAACGGCUGCAGCUGCGGCCAGGAACGCCAUCUUUGGUCCAGGUUUCCUGCCGAUCUUCCUGGAUGAUGUGCAGUGUAACGGCACGGAGCCCUCCCUGCUGGACUGUGCGAGCAAUGGCAUCCAUACCCACAACUGCCACCACAACGAGGAUGCCGGCGUUGUUUGUCGACCACCAAUUCGCUUGAUUGACGGAGGAGUUGCCAACGAGGGCAGGCUUGAGAUCAGCGUCAAGGGCCAGUGGGGUGCCGUGUGCUUCCAGGACUUCAACAUAGCCAACGGUCACGUAGCGUGUCGUCAGCUCGGGCUUGGACCCGCGGUCAGCGUCUCUCCCGCAUCCCGCUACAGCAACGUGACCCUCAACGAGAUGAUCUUCCUGUCCGGCGUCGAGUGCUUGUCGGACGAAGCCUUCCUCGGUCAGUGCCAGACCUCACCCCUGACUGGAGAUGGAUGUCCAGAGCAAGCAGCCGUUAAGUGUGCCUUACCCUUGAGACUCGUGAACGGGACCAGUGCCUACGGAGGAUUCGUCCAGGUGCUGAGAGACGGGGUGUGGGGCGGCAUCUGUGAUUCCAACUGGACCAUGGCCGACGCCAACGUGGUGUGCAGGCAGCUUGGAAUGGCCAAUGCCAUGUCUGCCAACGCAACCCUUACAAAUGGCACGGAGGACAUUGCCAUCACAACCCCAAGGAGUUACCGAUGCGACGGGACCGAGUCCACCCUGACUGUAUGCAACGGGAGUCCUGAGAGAGACAGCUGUACGCAACCGGUCAGUGUGACUUGUGCGCCAACCGUCCGAUUGAUCAAUGGAAGCAAUCCGUAUGAAGGCAGAGUUGAGGUCUUGGUAAAUGGAACUUGGGGAACUAUCUGUGAUGACCUAUGGGAUCUUACUGAUGCUCAGGUUGUGUGUAGACAACUGGGUUAUGGCUACGCCAGGUACUUCUACUCUAGCUCAAGAUUUGGUCCAGGAACGGGACCGAUCGUCUACGACAACGUCCAGUGCACGGGCCAAGAGAUGCUCCUGUCUCAAUGCUCAAACGGGGGACUCAACAAUCACAACUGCAACCAUGGGGAAGAUGCAGGCGUAUCGUGCGCUUUAACAGCAGAGUCGGAGGAGAGUGUGCGUCUAGUGGGUGGCAAAACAGAGUACGAAGGACGGGUGGAGAUCUUCUGGCAGGGUAGCUGGGGAACCAUCUGUGAUGACAGCUGGGACCUGUCUGAUGCUGAGGUGGUCUGCCACGAGCUCGGUUUCAGCGGCGCCCUCGAAGCCAAGGUUCGGGCAGCUUACGGACUAGGCACCGGCCCCAUCAUCUUAGACAAUGUCCAAUGUGGAGGAAUUGAGGUGACCGUCUUCAACUGUCAACAUGGCGGCUUCGGCGUUCAUAAUUGCGGACACUCGGAGGACGCAGGUGUUUCCUGUAUCCCUCCAGACAAUACCACCACCAUUCUUACACCAACGAUGACAACAAACGCAAACGGAAGCACCCCCGGUGACGUACGGUUGGUUGGGGGGCUGUUUCCUUUCGAGGGCAGAGUGGAAAUUUUCCUGAAUGGAGAAUGGGGUACAGUUUGCGAUGACCUCUGGGACACCCAGGAGGGGAACGUCAUCUGCCGGCAGUUAGGGUUUGGCCCUGCCAUCCGCGCCCCCCAGGGGGCUAACUUUGGGGCGGGGUCUGGACCCAUCUACCUGGACAACCUUGCGUGUGACGGCACAGAAUUCUCCCUCUUUCAGUGCCGUCACAGCGGUGUCGGAACUCACAACUGUGGCCACUCUGAGGAUGCAGGAGUUGUCUGCACAGAUCCAGCAAUGCCAACCUCUGCCCCAGGGAAUGCUACUGAUGGAGAGGUUCGCUUGGUCCAGGGGGAAAGCAUUUACGAGGGAAGGGUAGAAAUCUACUUUGAUGAUGCCUGGGGGACAGUCUGUGAUGACAUGUGGGAUAUCCAGGAUGCUCAGGUUGUCUGCCGGCAGCUUGGCUUUGGCCCCGCCAUGGAUGCAACCCCUAUGGCCCAGUUUGGACGGGGCACUGGAGCCAUCAUGCUGGACAAUGUGGCGUGUCAAGGGAGCGAAGAGAUGCUGAUGCAGUGCACCCAUAGUGGAGUAACCGUCCACAACUGUGGUCAUUCGGAAGAUGCCGGGGUGAGGUGCUCCUUCAAUACCACUUCAGCCGGAGAACUACCAGAAGCAGGCGAUCUGCGUCUCAGGAAUGGGGAGAACAUGUACGAGGGGCGCGUGGAGGUCUUCCACAACAGCCUCUGGGGAACAGUGUGCGAUGACAUGUGGGACAUGACUGAAGCCGGAGUGGUCUGCAAACAGCUGGGUUUUGGGCCAGCCAUCUCCGCUUACUCUUCAGCUCACUUUGGGGCAGGAUCAGGAAGUAUCCAUUUUGACAACCUAGCCUGUACGGGAGACGAGGACCGUCUAGAAAUGUGCGAGCGUGCAACCCAGAUGAACUGCAAUCAUGGAGAGGAUGCAGGUGUCAGGUGCAGUGAACCAGCAGACUCGGGUACCAACCAGACCGGAGUUAUAGGGCGAGGUAGCGUCCGUCUUGUAGGCGGAUCAGGCCCACACGAAGGCCGUGUGGAGGUCUACGUCACUCAAUGGGGCACAAUCUGCGACGACAUGUGGGACCUGAGGGACGGAAACGUUGUCUGUCGUAAUUUAGGCUUCUUCAAUGCCACCGAGGCGAUGACCUCCUCCUUCCGAUUUGGCUCCGGGGCGGGUCCGAUCCUGCUGGACAAUGUCGAUUGUUCUGGUUCGGAAACCAACAUCAUGGAUUGUCCGGCUAAUCCACCAGGGAACCAUAAUUGCCAGCAUUCUGAAGACGCAGCAGUCGUCUGCUAUACAGCAGGUCUAGGUACCAACGGCUCCGUGUCCUUCAUCUCUGAGUCAGCCAACCAGGGGUCUGGCCUUGUCAACAUCUCCGUCAAUGACCGGUGGGGAUAUAUCUGCUCAGACGAAUGGUCCAUCGAAGAUGGUAUGGUGGUGUGCCGUCAGAUGGGCCUUGGCUAUGCAACCCGUGUCUACACCGCCGAGGUGAUUGCCCCGGUGAUUGCAGGUAUUGGUGGUGUACAGUGCAAUGGCAGCGAGCUGAACCUGCUGGAGUGCAGAGGAGCCAUGCUGGGCGCCUGCCAGUCAACGAACGUCGGUGGAGUGGAGUGUUCUACAACCGAGGCCAAUGUUGGGGUCCGCCUCUUUGGUAGUGCAGAAGCAAACCCGUUGGAAGGGCGAGUGGAAGCUUUCUUCAACAACACCUGGAUGUCAGUCUGUGGAAGGGGCUGGACCCUCAACGAAUCCGACGUUGUCUGCCACCAACUUGGUUUCGGUCCAGCCCUCAACAGAGCCCCAGGGCUCCUGAGGCCAGGGUCUGGUCUGAGCGUUGGACCAGCUCCUAUGCUGGUGACUGGUGUCAGAUGCAACGCUAGCAGCAUCAACCUGUUGCAGUGCAACUACCAGGUUCUUCAGACACCCAUGGAAACGUGUGCAACGGCGGAGGUGGUUUGCCAACCACAAGAUACAGGUGUACAUUUGGAGAUCCGUUUAGUGGGCGGAUCCAACGCCCUGGAAGGACGCGUUGAGAUCUACAUGAACGGCACGUGGGGCACCGUCUGCGACGACAGCUGGAACCUGCAGAGCGCUAGGGUCGCCUGCCGCCAGCUGGGCUAUCCCCACGCACUGGAAGCUUCCGGAUCCAGUCGCUUUGGUCCUGGAACCGGUCCUAUCCAUGUGGAUGACAUUGCUUGUACAGGAACAGAGCAAUCGCUGUUUGAGUGUAGGUUCUCAUCGACCCAUAACUGUGCUCAUGUUGAAGAUGCUGGAGUGGUGUGUAAUCAAGAGGAAGCGGCGACCUUGAUACGGCUUGUGGAGGGGUCAACAGACUAUGAGGGACGUGUGGAGGUCAUCUACAACGGCAUCUGGGGCACCAUCUGCGACGAUUCCUGGGACCUGGCCGAUGCCACGGUGGCCUGCACUCAGCUUGGGUUCGGCCCUGCCUUGGACGCUGUCCAGUCAGCAGGGUUUGGCCAGGGUUCCGGCCCCAUCCACCUGGACAGCGUGUCGUGUCUCGGUCCAGAGCUGACCAUUCAGUCGUGUUCCCACAACGGGGUGGGAGUGCACAACUGCAACCACGGAGAGGAUGCAGGCAUCAGAUGUAGCGUGCCCGCCACUUCAUCACCUCAGGUCAACGUUCGGCUGGUCGAUGGGGGUAGCCCCCUCGAAGGUCGUGUGGAGGUGCUGUGGGAUGGAGAAUGGGGGACUGUCUGUGACGAUGAAUGGGGAUUAGAGGAUGCUAGGGUUGUGUGCAGGGAGCUUGGUUACACUAACGCCCAGAUGGCCCACAGUGGUAGUGUCUACCCGCAGGGCACAGGUUCAAUCAUCCUGGACAAUGUCCGCUGUGUGGGCACGGAGCCCUCGUUGCUCCAGUGCUUGAACAACGGCAUCAAGGUUCACAACUGCGGACAUUCUGAAGAUGCAGGAGCACGGUGCUCAGAAGAAGGUCCGGCUGUCGGGACCUGGGUUCGCCUUGUGGACGGGAGCGUCCCCAGUGAGGGCCGGGUCGAGGUCUACACCGAGGGCAGGUGGGGGACGGUCUGCGAUGACUCGUGGGAUCUCAACGAUGCGGGCGUGGUCUGCAGGGCGCUGGGAUUCAACGCCGCCACGGAGGCCGGAGGUCGCUUUGGGACCGCUUCCAGCACCACGCCCAUCUACCUGGAUAACCUCAAUUGCGUCGGGUCUGAGGAGACCCUCUUCGAGUGCAGUCACGGAGGACUGAGCGUCCAUAACUGCGAUCACAUAGAGGAUGCUGGGGUCGUUUGUGGAUUCAGUGUGAACACGAUGGCAAACAUUCGACUUGUUGGAACCGACAGUCCUUUUAAAGGUCGGGUGGAGGUUCAUCAUAACAAUCAGUGGGGAACAGUGUGUGACGAUGGAUGGGACCUGAAUGAUGCACAGGUGGUCUGCAGGCAGCUGGGCUAUAGCAAUGCCGUCGACUAUGUUUCUUCUGCUCAGUUUGGACGUGGGACAGGCAGCAUUCUUCUGGAUGAUGUGGGAUGUACUGGAAACGAAGAAACCCUCCUGGAAUGCAGCAACCGUGGAGUCGGAAGCCACAAUUGCGGACAUUCCGAGGAUGCUGGCGUCAUCUGCAUGCCAGAAGUUCGCCUGGUCAAUGGCUCCCACCCUCAGGAAGGGCGUGUUGAGAUCAUGAUAGGGGGACAGUGGGGCACCAUCUGUGAGGAGGGCUGGGACAUUAAUGACGGCCACACCGUCUGCAGCCACCUUGGCUUCGGCAUGAUGGACAACUCCUCCGCCAACCUCGGAGGGGCCCGUUUCGGACCCGGCGUCGGCCCUGUCCACCUGACGGGAGUGGACUGCGGCGCCCAUAACGCUUACCUGUUUGAGUGUGCUGCCCUCUUGACCAUGGGAAAUGACCCGUCCUGUGACCACUCUCGGGAUGUUAGUGUGAUUUGCACUCAAAGAACUGCACCAGAGCAGCACGUGCGUUUAGUAGGCGGUGCUACCCCCUUCAAGGGGCGUACCGAGGUAUUCAUGGACAACAGUUGGGGUACGAUCUGUGACGACCUAUGGGAUACCUCCGAUGCUGAUGUCUUCUGUCGCCAGCUCGGCUACAUAGGGGCUACGGACGCACCCCGUUACGCCCAGUUUGGGCGGGGCUUCGGUCCCAUACAUCUUGAUGACGUCCAAUGUACUGGUAACGAGACAGACAUCUUGGAUUGCCCAAGGUCCACUUCAGAGGUCACCUGCACCCAUCGUGAGGACGCCGGAGCCAGCUGCACUCCAGAAGUGAGGCUGGUGGGUGGCAGCAAUAUCUACAAAGGGCGUGUCGAGAUCCGAGUCAACAACCAAUGGAAGGGCUUCUGCGGAGACGGCUGGUCCCUGUCCAACGCCCGGGUUGUCUGCAGCCAGCUGAAGCUCGGCCUAGUGGGCCAGGCGCCCACCGGACAUAUGUUUGGGGUGCCCGAAGGACUGUACUACCAUCGGCCGUCGUGCGGGGGCUACGAGAGAUCCCUUGGAAUCUGCUUCAUGGAGGCUAUCGAUAACUGCACGACUGGUUAUGCAGGGGCUGUGUGCUCUUUACCAGAGGAGGGGACGGAGAUCAGGCUGGUGGGCGGGGCUAACCCCUACGAGGGUCGUGUGGAGAUCGGCCUGGGUGGCAACUGGGGUACGAUCUGCUCCAACAGCUGGGACAAGACGGACGCCAACGUGAUCUGUCGGCAGCUGGGCUACGCCACGGCGACUUCGGCCAUCCAGGGGACGUCACGCUAUGGGACUGGGACGGGUCCAAUUUACCUGGACAAUGUUGGAUGUACAGGCUUGGAGGCUAACAUAGCCCUUUGCCCUAGCAGUGGGGUGGAGGUCCACAACUGCAGCCAUAAGAACGAUGCUGGCAUCAUCUGCUCUCCUCCAAUUCGUCUGGUUAGUGGGAGCAGCCCUUACAACGGUCGCGUGGAGGUGUACAGAGGGGGGUGGGGCACCGUCUGUGACGACAAUUGGGACAUCCAAGAUGCCAAGGUCGUCUGCCGGAUGCUGGGCUUUGGCCCGGCCCGCAGGGUCAUCGACACGUCAGGAAUGCGUCAGACCUACAGCACCAUCUACCUGGAUGAGGUUGGUUGCCUUGGCAAUGAGACAUCGCUGUUUAACUGCCCUCACAACAAGAUUCACGAUUGCACCCAUGCCGAGGAUGCAGGCGUUGAAUGCUGGGAAUUAGACUUGAAGUGCGAUCUUCCUCACAUAUCUCGCUGGUCCUACAUCAGCGUGACGCAGGUGAACUACGCGCAAGGGGAGGGGCUGGAUAUCAGCUGCAUCGAUGGCUCAGCAUCUAUCACCCUUAUCUGUGGGCCCGGAGGACAUUGGGAAGGACCACCAAUCAAAUGUCUUCCUCCCGCUGUGAUAGAUAGACAAAUGUGUCCUUUGCCCAGCCCGCCCUCAGGGGCUAUCUUCAACACAGCUAAAACCCUUUUCAAACCCACCGAGACCAUCAUGGUAUACUGUGAUGAUAAUAGACCCGUGUCGGAGACGGUGGUUCUUUGGAAAUGUUUGGAGGAUGGCUCCUGGUUCAUGAGGGACGUAGAUUGUGCUCGGACAGCAGGUACAAGAGCAGGUUCAAGACCAAGGAGUUUCAACAUCAUUCUUCUCAUCUGUAUCUUACUUGCAAUAAUCAUCGUCGUUAUCAUAAUCGUGGCCGUCGUUUUAAUUCAAAGACAUCGACGUCGGCGACUCCUGGCCUUGCAGCCGCAGGGAAUCGACAUGGAGAACGUCAACAGCAAGUUCUCCAACGUCAACUAUGCCAAUCCCAGCUAUGACCCUUCUGGUGACGACCCUCCCAUCCAAGGGGGCUCGGAGGCCACCGGGCUUCCCCCGCCUUCACCGGCCGAGAUGCAGUCUUUCAGUGACGUCAAACCCCUCAUUACGUAAUAGUUACUUUCAGGUGUAGGAUAUCGACUCUUUAUCUGCAACGGACUGCUACAUUGUUUUGAAGUAUGUUGUACAUACACAUCAUACAUGUGACAAAAAAGUUGACUAUGGCAGUCGUCUUUAUGUUUCAUUAGUCAACAAAAGCAGAUAAAGAGUUAAAGAGGGGAGUGGAAUAUUUGGUGAACUUUCUUUGUACUAGAUAGUGGUAAAAAUGAUGAUGAUGAAGAAGUUUAUGCCUGGUUACUUUAAUAGUUUGUCUUAGUUCACAUACAAGGCUGUAGACUUGACUGAUAGACUUUAACAGGAAUAAUGAUUGUUGAAAUGAUGAAGUUACACAGAGUAAUCAAUCUUCCAUAAAUCUUGUUACGAUUCAUUUUGAUUUGAAAUUCCAGGUUUUGUUGGUCAUGAUUGUAUGUUUGUAGUAAGGGUUAAUUGGACGUAUCUUCAGUGAUUCUAUAUACAUGUAUGAAAAUAGCACUGGAUUUGCUAGAAUAAUAUGUAAAUGUGACAGCGAUACUGGGUAUUGCUUCAAGCUCUCAUUACUCAGAAGUUCUGCAAUAGCUGUGUUUGAUGUUGCAAAAUUUCUGACAGUUAAAGAGUUUAGAAGAUCAAAAUUAAGAUUUUGAAAGUGAGUUUUAAAAGAGAUAGGAGCUCAAGUGUAUUGAAAAAGAGGAUAGCUUAUUGAAGUAAAAUCUGUCAGUAUACAAGGAAAAAAAAAGUACAAUUUUACAAGAAGAUGUAUAGAUAUGUAUAUAUUAGUGCUGUAUCUGACAGAAUCUUUUUUGCAGAAUAAAUUUAGUUAUAGUUAUUGAUCAAUUUCACUGUCAUGGUAGGAUGCUGUAAGAAUGCCGGAAGGACUUUAUAAGCUAGCGUCUUUCAUCUAAAAGUUCUGAAGAGAAUAUUUAAAAUGUACCAAUCAAAAAAACAUGUUUUUCUUUUGAUGUAAGGGGUUCCAUUUGGCUAUAAUGGCAUAUUCGAAAUAUCAGCUUGAAACAUUACUUCUUCAAAGAGAUAUUGCAAUUAAGUACAUUCUAAAUCAGUAAAAUGCUUGUUGAGAAGACUAGUUAAUGCAUGUGCACGCACUCUUACAGAAUAGGUCCAACUUGGGUUCCAUGCAAGCGCUAUACGCAGGGUCUCAUGUUAUCUUUUGUAUACUUCAUACUCCUUGAAUGCUUACCUACAGAAUGCCAGGUAAAUUGUUUCGAGGUUGAUUUGAUAGAUUCCAGACAAAUUGUAUUUUACCGAUAUUUAAAGGUGAUUGGUACACUUUGGAAUUUAGGCUUUGCAUCAAUCAGGACCAAAGUCAAAGUUAACCUGUUGAGUACUGAAUUUUCCUAUUCCCAUAUACUUAAUACUUAAAGGCACACUGCCAUACUUGUAGCUACUUGCUCCCUCUAUAAAGAAAACUUCCCCAAUCGGUGCCUGUUGGUCCCCCAUGAUCCUCUUUUUCUUAUGUUAAAUGAGAGCUGAGUUAAUGAGAUAGCCACCUGUCACAGUGACCUCAAUGGCUCUCUGUGUGGUCUAAUCCCUUCUGGCCCAGUAGUGGUGACGGUCUUUAAUGGGCCGAUUGUCUCAGUAUAAGACUGCAAGGAGGCCAACAAAGUGAGCCAAAGUACUGGUGUUCUUGUUUGUAUGUAGCUGGGGAAAAGACAUUCCUUAUUAUACAUUCCAAAUUGUUAUUGAAUUACGUUUUACGUUGGUACUAUUUUUGUCAGCUUUUCUCUGUAUAGAAUUUGUUAUGUAUUAGAUAUUUUUCCAUCCACAUCAGAAUUAAAAACAACUGUACAUCUAUGUUUGACAAGGAUAUGUGGAUAAUGUGACAGCUAGAUUAUAAAUAUAAGAUUUAAAAAAAAAAAAUGGUCUUCCAAUUUGUAAAGUGGUGACUGAAAAUAAAUUUCCUCUUUUAACUUUCCUA